AGAUCAACAACCUAUCUUGAUUUAUCAAAAUGAUGAAAUGACUUCUACUACUUCAAUGGAAAUAGAUGGACAUGAAAAGUGUACUUGUUCUGAUUUGAAUCAUCAUCAUCAUCAUCAUCCUUUAUCUCAAAAUGAUUCUAAUGGUUUGGUAUCUCAACAACAUCCCUCUCUCUUGAACAACAACAACAACAACUCUACUACUUCAGGAUUGGUUCCUACUUUUGUUCCUUCUUCUUCUUCUCCUGCUUCUACUAUGGUGGAUAAUAGUUUCUCUUGGGCUGUAGUAACUCCUCAUCAAGAAUCUUUGUUUACUAAUCCAACGGAUGAUCCUAUCAAUCUUGGUUUUAUCUUUCACAAGUCCUCCAGUCAACGAUUCCUAGAAGGUCAACCUCGUCCUCCAAGAAAGAAGAGUAUGAAAAGACAUUCUAUACAACGUGCUCCUUCUCCUCAUGCCGGUAAUGGUAUUCAAUCAUCUGGUUUGACUAAUACUACAAAUAAUGGAAUAGUCAGUAUGAUUCCUUCUUCUUCUUCUUGUACUCAACAACAACAACAGGAUUUUAUGUUACCUGUGGAUUUGGAUCUACCUUCAUCAUCAUCAUCUUGUUCGGAUACAAAUGGUUCUUUGACAACGGAAUUAUCAAUGAUUUUGAACAACGUCUUGAAACCUAUGCAACAAUUCUCAGAAGAAGAUGAAAUGAAUCAAGAACUGGCCGAUUUGGAAUUGACACAGAAUUCAACUAAAUUAAUGUAUCCUCCUAGUUGUAGCUCCACCACAUCUUCUUCACCUGGAACUCCACCUCAUCCUUUUCCAAAACAACAACAACAACAACAACAGUAUCCUUCUCAACAACAUGAACUGACUUCGACAUCAUCAUCACCUACUUCAUCGUUUUAUUUACCGAAUAAUAUGAUGUCUACAGCAAAUGAUUUGGGUCUGGGACAAUCAUUUGAUCAAGUAGGAUGUUGUGGGGGCCAUUUCUCACAAUCAAGUGAACAACAAGGGGAAUCAGUAGUGAUCACCAUUGCACCAUUAUCAGCAACAACAAACAAUGCAUUACAAGGAUCAGAACAAGUACGUACAAGGAUCGUGACAUGUUAUUGUGGUAACCAAUGUACUUGUCCAGGCUGUCUGGUCCAUCCUGGCAAUUUCUUGGUUGGUGAUCCUAUGAUGGAUCCUUAUCGUGGAUUAUCUUCUACUUGUCCUUCCUCUACUGCCUCAAGCAUUUAUUCUGCCUCCGAUGAUGAAGAACAACAACAACCUGCUAUUCUCCUUUGAUUGAUUCUACUGUUGACAUCCCCUUCCUUUCCUUUUUUUUUUUUUAUUGUAUAUAGCUUCUCCUCACUUUUUUGAAUAUAUAAAAAACAAAAAAUAAAACUGCCUUUUCUUUUGAAUCCUUU